AUGCUGAGGAUCUCAAUCGUUCCGGACACAAAUGUUUUUAUAUCGCAUCUAGAUAUUGUCAAGAAACUCUACGAGGAUGAGUUUCCCGUAGAUGUUAUCAUGUCUAUAUCAAGAGUUGUUCUAAGGGAGUUGGAUUAUAAUAAAGGAAAGAUGAUGGAAGCUAGAGAAGCCAUAAGAUUUCUUGAAAAAGUGUAUAAUGCUCCAAUCACAGAGUUGGAGGGGAGACUGAAAGAUAGUUCAAUGGACGUUGUAGAUUGUGCCAAGCUAAUACCAAAUAUAAAGAACAACGACGACGAGAUUCUUAAUUUUGCAUCCAAGCAAAUCCAUCCAGUGAUAUUGACUGGCGACAAAGCUUUUUAUCUUAAGUCCAAGUGUUAUAAUGUCGAGUCUGUUCUUGUACACAACCUACCAUACGAAGAUCUUAAGCUUAAGAUUCUGAAGAUUUAUACUGGAGUAGAGCCUAUGGACAUUGACGAAGACGGCAGUAAACCGGGGGAAGAUGAGAGGAUAAAAGAGCAAAUUAGAGACAGGCUCUUUCCUGUAGUGCUAGCAAUAAUGGAAAGGGGUAUAGGCAAGCCAUAUGUUCUUUUCUUCCCAAAUGACCUAAAGAUGAUAACUCUUGACUUUUUACUGAAUCUAAUAAUUAAGGAAAACUAUUUGUUCCGUCCUUAUCUCCCGAGAAGAUCGAAAGAGAUAGUUCAGAACUUGAAGGAAAAAAUUAAGGAUGCCCAUGGAAAAGAACUCCAUGCCUUGGGUUCAGAGCUUCUUAUGUUAUUUAGGGUUGUGUAUUAG